GCGGAUACACCUUAUCGCGGCUCGUCUUUCGCGAGGAGCUAUCCCCUUCGGCGCAGGUUAUCCGUCGUGGGGGCCGUCAGGUGGGAGGUGGAGUCACGGGUGACGAGUCUCAGUAGGGCCCCCGUCGGCACAGGUAGGUAGACAGGUAGGGGCCCCCCUUGGGCUCCCACGGCAUACACGUACCCCCGGUAACAUUGGACCCCCACUUGUGAACGGCGAUGACCAUCAUCGAGACCGUGGCGUCCCGCCGCCUACAGUUGCAGUCGGCGCACCAUUCCACAAGCACGCGACAUUCCGCGCGCGCGGCGGAUACCCCGCGAGAAUACCCGGUACUCUCGGCAUAAAACUGAUAAAUCAGAAAAAAAAAAUAUAACCAAAUUUCGGGUAGAAAUAGGAAAAAAAAAAAAGAGCGAGACCCGUGAUCCACAACGCGUUCUGCCUAUAAUCAUAAUAUAUAAAUACUUCCGAAGAUAUUGCGUGAAUACGUGUAUUCGACAGUGAGAAAUUUGACUACUUCUGACGGGAUCGAUCGGCGGAAGCAACGCGUUCCUUUUCGUCUAAGAUUUAAUGAAUCUUGGAGUCGUGCCUCGUGCUUUAUAUAUAGAUGCCUGUACUUAUUAAUGAAUAAUUUGAAUACUCGAAGAUCAGCGGGAUUAAAGGAUCAACAUUUGCAUUGCCUGAAAUCCGCGUUUUGUUAUAUGAAUUGCGAAAAAUUCAGUGCUACGAUUCCCGGUGCUGUUUUGCAAAUAUCAAUAUUCAUCACUUAAUAGAGAGAAUAUUAUAUUUAAUUGAUCGAGAGAGAAAAAGAGUGAUAUCUUCCAGAAUAAGAGAAAUACACGAAUCGUCUGAUAAGAGGUCUCGACACCGAUUUCAUCCCGCAAAAUCGGGUAUUUUAUUUCCAAGAACGAGAAUAUUGCGUCGAUCGAUCGGUCAACGAAAUCACGGGCAUCCAACACCUGACCAGGUAGUCAGGUAGCGACCAGAAAUCGAAGUCAGUGCGGAGAACACGCGUAUUUCUAGCGAGGCACAAAGAGGGGGACGCCCUUACAUGCGUCAUCGCGCUAUCGCGGGUGCAAGUCGCACGUGAGCAUCGCACGUGAACGGCAGUACAACACGUGCGCCACGACGUUUGGCAUCGCACGCUGUGACAGCCGACGCCUCCGUCUCAUCGUCGCCACAGUUUGUCGCACACGUGCAGCGAUAAAUGCACCGUCGUUGCCGCGGAUGAUGUCCCACGCGAUCUCCAAGAUGAUCACCCAUUGGAUCGUCCUGUUGGCUCUCGGCGCCGUCUGCCACGGUCUUCCCGUAGCCGACGAGUCUGCUGAUACGAGCACGAUUGGAACUAUCGGAAAUGUCUCAGAAGUAACUACUGUUCCCGAAGCGGAAGGUCACUCCAUGGAUGAUAUAAUGCCGGGAACAAAGCCGCCAUCGAGUGCCGUGAUGUUCGUCGACAUCCCGGAACACACGGAAACGGAACUGGGCUCGUCCGUACUGUUGGCAUGCCGAACCGCUAAUCCUGUAGCCGAGUGCCAAUGGUCCUGGCAGCCAUUGCCGCCGGUACACCUGCCACUUCCGGAUAUCAGUGAAAGCCCGUCAGUUUCUACGACCACGACGAUCUCGACGAUCUCGGCGAACACGUCGACUCCUACGACCCAUCCGUUGCCGGUACGACAAUUUCCGGCGUUCGGGAACAACAGCAACGAUUGCUCCGUGAGAUUCUCCAGUACCAAACAUGAGCAGACAGGAUACUGGACUUGUGCGGCGAGAGUCUCCACGAGCGAUCCUUUCACCAGCACCGAACCCGCCAAGCUCAGCAUCGUCAACGCCAAUCACGGUAUCCUCAUCACGUUCGCGAAGCACGAGAAUGUCAUCGAGGUGCCGGCGGGAUCCUCGGCGCAAAUAAUGUGCCAGACCAAGUCGCCGAUACGCGAAUGCCAAUGGUCCUGGCGGCAGCUGAAUCAGUCGCAGCCCUGGAACCUCGACGUGAAAUCAUUCCCGGCCUUUGGUAAUGAUAGCACGGAAUGCAGUAUCAAGUUCAAAAACGUCCUGCCGGAGCAGGAGGGCUACUGGACCUGCGGUGCGCGAAUCGACCCGAAUUCCUCAUUCACCCAGGCGACUCCCGUUCGAUUUCUCAUAUCGGAAGUCGAGUUCGUGCAGUUGUCGCGCGGCGUACAGGUUGCGGCCGGCGAGUCGGUCUUUCUACGAUGCCUGGCGAACAAGCCGGUGGUACAAUGCGAGUGGUCGUGGAGGGCGUCGAACUCGAGCAAGGAACCGCUGCUGAUCAAGAAGUUCAGUCCAAACAAGGAUGCCGAUCACGACUGUUCCGUGCGAUUCAAGAACAUACUGUACGAGGAGGAAGGACUAUGGACUUGUGGGGUCCGUUUGACGCCAGACGGGAUCCUGCAUACGGCGCCCGCGGCCACUGUCAGCCUCUUGCCUACCGCUAAGGUGAGCUUCGUUGAUGUGCCGACGGACACGGCGGUGCCUAUAGGCACAGAAACCUUACUCAAGUGCAUCACCAGCAGCCGUGUGGAGAAAUGCACGUGGACCUGGAAGCCGUUAAACGGCAUUGAUUCCGAGAACGUCAUUGUCGACGAAUUCCCCAGCAACGGCGAUCUCGGCCGCGACUGCUCGCUUCAUCUUCCGCAGGUGCACUCGGAGAAACAAGGUAACUGGGCUUGCCAAGUGUCCAUCGCAUCCCUCAACACCGUCCUAACGUCGCCAUUCGCCAAACUCACGGUCUUCGAGCAAGACGAAGUGAAGUUCUCAGAGCUGUCGCAGGACAUUCAGAUCUCCUCCGGUAGUAGCGUCCUGUUACGCUGUGUGACAUCCUCGGCGGUGGAUCAGUGCCGUUGGUCGCUCACCCCGGUCAACUCCAAUACCACUGUAGUGGUGAAGCAAUUUCCGGCGGCCGGCAACGAGGCGCGAGACUGCAGUGUCCGUUUGAGCCAUGCGCUCGCCGAACAGGAGGGACUUUGGACCUGCGGUGCCAGGAUACACGGCCGGCAAAACUAUACGGACGCGCCGCCCGCGAAGCUGAGCCUCCUCGAACCAGCACUUGUCAAACCACGAAAAUCAUCGAUGCACAAACGAAUGGUGAAUGGUGGUCGUCGAAUAAUCUAUACCGAAGAUGUAGCGGCUUUUGAACCUGUCACUAUCGCAGUUUGGGCCACGCCUCAUCAGAUGGUUACUCUUGCAUGUAGGAUCGGAGCUGUGUCAUCGGAGGCCAAAUGCCACUGGAUCCACGUUCCAAAUAUUCACAUACAUCAGAACUCUAGCAAGCUUGCAAAGAAAACGAGUCAUAACAUGCAAAUGGAUUAUACCACGGGUAUCUGCAAGCUAAUCUUCAAACCGGAUCAUACCGAUCUAGGAAAGUGGACUUGCAGAUUUACUCUAACGAAUGAAAACACCGACAUCGAGAUAGGAAGCGCGACACUCGUUCUGCUCAACACCUUAGCAGAUGAGAAACUAGGAUGGAUCGUGGGUGCUCUAACGGCCAUGAUUUUAUUCCUGAUGAUAAUAGUCGUAGUGUUAGUGGUGUGCAAGGCGCGAAUCUUCGUCCGCAAGACAUCCGAAGUUCUGGAAACCUUACCUUCCAACAAAAGCAAACAAAGCGCGAGAUUCCAUAACGAAAAUUAUGCCGAAGAUCAGGGAAAGAUAAAUCUUCAACUCGCCGGGAACAGUAGCCGUACAUCGAGCAUCAAAAGCAUCUUACCUAAUAGAAGUCCGCGCGUACAGAAUCGCACGGACAAAAUUCAUGCAAUGCCGUCCAAAGUAUUUGAAAACGUUGGAAUGUAACAUGAUUAUUUUUUUCGUCAAUGUAAAAAAAUUUUCCUAAAUAUUUUUUUAUUUCAGAAGUUAAAACUGUAU